GGGCGGGCCGAGGGAGCCGCACCGUGGGGUUGGCUGCUGCCCUGAGGCCGGAGUCAACGGAUCCGGGCCGCGCCACCGAGCGAGCUCGCCGGCCGGCCCCAGCCCGGAGCCUGCGAGCGAGCGAGGCGGUGCCGCGCGGACCCACAUGGUAGAAGGAGAGAAGCAACAGAAACUGCCUUCCUCAAGUGGUCCUCUGACUUUCACGCUUGCUCUGUGAUUUGAUUGUAAAUGCAUCACGAAGAGGCAGCCCAGAAUGAAGAAGGCAAACAGGAGUGUUGGCUCAGCGCCCAAGGUGUCUGUGACAAGUAAAACACAAACAGUAGAAAAAGUUAAGCCCGAAAACAGUUCUUCAGCAUCAACAGGAGGCAAACUUACAAAAUCUGGAACAGCAACGUCUUUGUCAAAGACCAAGAGCAAUGAUGACCUUUUAGCUGGAAUGGCUGGAGGAGUAAACGUGACUAAUGGUGUUAAAGGAAAGAAAAGCACCUGUUCAUCUGCAGCUUCUUCAGCAUUGGCCCCUGCCAUGACCACUGUGGAGAGCAAAUCUAAGAUUAGCACAGGCACUAGUUCAUCAGCCAAACGGAGCACUUCAGCUGGUAAUAAAGAAUCCAGUUCUACUAGAGAAAGAUUACGAGAACGUACUCGACUAAACCAGAGCAAAAAACUACCUUCUACAGGUCAGGGAGCUAAUGAAGUGGUAUUAGCUAAACGUUCCCGCAGCCGCACUGCUGCAGAAUGUGAUGUUCGUAUGAGCAAGUCUAAAUCGGACAAUCAGAUCAGUGACAAAGCUGCUUUGGAAGCCAAAGUGAAAGAUCUUCUCACACUGGCAAAAACCAAAGAUGUGGAAAUUUUGCAUUUGAGAAAUGAACUCCGAGACAUGCGUGCUCAGCUGGGUAUUAAUGAGGAUCAUUCUGAAGGUGAUGGAAAGUCUGAAGAGAAGGAAACCAUUACGGCACACCAGCCAACUGAUGUCGAGUCUACUUUACUGCAGUUGCAGGAACAGAACACUGCCAUCCGGGAAGAACUCAAUCAACUGAAAAAUGAAAACAGAAUGUUAAAGGACAGGUUGAAUGCACUGGGUUUUUCUUUAGAGCAAAGGUUAGACAAUUCUGAAAAACUAUUUGGCUAUCAGUCCCUGAGCCCAGAAAUCACCCCUGGUAACCAGAGUGAUGGUGGAGGAACUCUGACAUCUUCAGUAGAAGGUUCUGCUCCUGGGUCAGUGGAAGAUCUCUUGAGUCAGGAUGAAAAUACACUCAUGGACCAUCAGCACAGUAACUCUAUGGACAACCUAGACAGUGAAUGCAGUGAGGUUUACCAGCCCCUCACCUCGAGUGAUGAUGCUCUGGAUGCUCCAUCCUCUUCAGAGUCAGAGGGCAUCCCGAGCAUAGAGCGCUCUCGGAAGGGGAGCAGUGGGAAUGCGAGUGAGGUGUCUGUUGCUUGCUUGACAGAACGGAUUCACCAGAUGGAAGAGAACCAGCACAGUACCAGUGAAGAGCUUCAGGCAACUCUGCAAGAGCUAGCCGAUCUGCAGCAGAUCACCCAGGAACUGAACAGUGAGAAUGAAAGGCUCGGAGAGGAGAAGGUCAUUCUUAUGGAGUCCUUAUGUCAGCAGAGUGAUAAGCUGGAACACUUUGGCCGACAGAUUGAAUAUUUCCGUUCACUUCUAGACGAGCAUCACAUUUCUUAUGUCAUAGAUGAAGAUGUAAAAAGUGGACGCUACAUGGAAUUAGAACAGCGUUACAUGGAUUUAGCCGAGAAUGCCCGUUUUGAGCGAGAACAGCUUCUAGGUGUCCAGCAGCAUUUAAGCAACACUUUGAAAAUGGCAGAACAAGACAAUAAGGAAGCUCAAGAAAUGAUAGGCGCGCUCAAAGAGCGCAGUCACCACAUGGAGCGAAUUAUUGAGUCUGAGCAGAAGAGCAAAGCAGCCCUGGCAACCACAUUGGAGGAGUACAAAGCUACCGUGGCCAGUGAUCAGAUAGAGAUGAAUCGUCUGAAGGCCCAGCUGGAGAAUGAAAAGCAGAAAGUGGCCGAGCUAUAUUCUAUCCAUAACUCUGGAGAUAAGUCUGAUAUCCAGGAUCUCCUGGAGAGUGUUAGGCUGGACAAGGAAAAGGCAGAGACUUUGGCCAGUAGCCUGCAGGAAGAUCUAGCACACACCCGAAACGAUGCCAACCGAUUACAGGACACCAUUGCUAAGGUAGAAGAUGAAUACCGAGUAUUCCAAGAAGAAGCCAAGAAACAGAUUGAAGAUUUGAAUAUGACAUUAGAAAAAGUAAGAUCAGAACUGGAGGAAAAAGAGACAGAAAGGAGUGACAUGAAGGAAACCAUCUUUGAACUCGAGGAUGAAGUGGAACAACAUCGAGCUGUGAAGCUUCAUGACAACCUCAUCAUCUCUGACUUAGAGAAUACAGUUAAAAAACUCCAAGACCAGAAGCAUGACAUGGAAAGAGAAAUCAAGACACUUCAUAGGAGACUUCGGGAAGAAUCUGCAGAAUGGCGGCAGUUUCAGGCUGAUCUCCAGACUGCAGUAGUCAUUGCAAAUGACAUCAAGUCGGAAGCCCAAGAGGAGAUUGGUGAUUUAAAACGACGGCUACACGAGGCUCAAGAAAAAAAUGAGAAACUCACAAAAGAAUUGGAGGAAAUAAAGUCACGCAAGCAAGAGGAGGAGCGAGGCCGGGUUUACAACUACAUGAAUGCUGUUGAGAGAGAUUUGGCAGCCUUAAGGCAAGGGAUGGGACUGAGUAGAAGGUCCUCGGCUUCCUCAGAGCCAACGCCCACAGUAAAAACCCUCAUCAAGUCUUUCGACAGUGCAUCUCAAGUACCAAACCCUGCUGCAGCUACAAUUCCUCGAACGCCUCUGAGUCCAAGUCCUAUGAAAACCCCUCCUGCGGCCGCUGUAUCCCCCAUGCAGAGACAUUCCAUAAGUGGACCAAUCUCAACCUCCAAGCCUCUGACAGCCUUGUCAGAUAAGAGAUCAAACUACGGAGAAAUUCCUGUGCAAGAACAUCUGUUAAGAACAUCUUCAACUAGCCGACCUGCUUCUCUCCCAAGAGUCCCUGCUAUGGAAAGUGCCAAAACCAUCUCAGUAUCUCGACGAAGUAGUGAAGAAAUGAAACGGGACAUCUCUGCAUCUGAGGGCGCAUCACCAGCCUCUCUUAUGGCUAUGGGCACCACAUCACCACAGCUCUCCCUGUCCUCUUCUCCCACAGCAUCUGUGACCCCAACCACCCGGAGCCGAAUAAGGGAGGAAAGGAAGGACCCUCUAUCAGCAUUGGCAAGAGAAUAUGGAGGCUCUAAGAGGAAUGCCCUGUUGAAGUGGUGUCAGAAGAAAACAGAAGGCUAUCAGAAUAUUGACAUCACAAACUUCAGCAGCAGCUGGAAUGAUGGGCUGGCUUUCUGCGCACUCCUUCAUACCUAUCUUCCAGCCCACAUACCGUAUCAAGAACUUAAUAGUCAAGAUAAGAAAAGGAACUUCACCCUGGCUUUCCAGGCAGCUGAAAGUGUUGGCAUCAAAUCUACUCUGGACAUCAAUGAGAUGGCACGGACUGAACGGCCCGACUGGCAGAAUGUGAUGGUGUAUGUCACAGCCAUCUACAAGUACUUUGAAACCUGAGCAUGAGGAAGGAGCUGCCACCAGCUAGGGACCUCUGCAGACAUCAAGAGACACCAACACUGUUAGCUAGAACCCCUAAAGCUUUCAGCGACUCUGGGCUGCCCUGCAGGAUGUGAGCUCAGCUCAAGGCCUCUGCAUAGGAACUGGAAUGGCAGACCAGGGCUCAUAUACAUGGCUGUCCUCCAGAGCAGGUCAUGCAGCACACAGCCAGCUUCCCUCUGGAGACCAUCAAGCUCCGUCAGCACCCUGGGAUGUAAAAAACAAAAGGCCUGUGCCCAGCUAAACUUGGGAAACUGAAUUAAAUUGGCCCAGGGGUUAGUGAAAGCUUUAGUCAUCGCACUUCUUGACUGCCACCCAUGUGAUUCCCAGUGCUGGGGCAGGCUGGCCUUGGUCCCUUCAUGUGGGCCUGGGCUGUAGGCAUGCAUUACCAUAGAAGAGGAUCAUCACCUCUUCUUCCAUGUGACAGGGCUGUCAUAGCUACUACAGUAAACUUAGAAGUGUCAAAAAAUACAGCUUCCAAGCCCACAGCUGACUGAAUCCAUGCUGCCAUAGGCAGGCUUCUGUCAGCAGAAAGCAGGUGGUGUCCUCCCUGGGUGCUCGGCCACCUGUCUCUAGCCCCAGGGAAAAGACUGGUCACAAGGAGUCCUCCUAGUUAACAUUGUGUUUUAUUAUAAGCAAUAUUGGAAAAAUAGCUCCUAUUCUGUUAGUACCAAAGUUAAUUGUUCUACUAAGCAUAGAAAUACCACACAAAAUCUGGCUGUUAGCAUAUUGCAAGUGAGGAUUCAUGAAGGAGUAAGGAAGAGAAGGAUCUGCUUAAGGGGACCAGAGAUUCAAGUCACUGCUGGCUGCCCCUCAGGGCAGGAAUUAAAACAGUGCCUUCGUCCUGCACCAGACGGCUGAGUCCCAUACCAGUGUAGGUGUUCUAGAUGUUGGUGGGAUUCUGUGGUGGAAGUGGUCUCAUGCUAUGCCCACCCUCCUGGGAUGUGGGGCCUGUACUGUGAGCCAAGGCCUUACUUGAUUCUGUUGAUGACUUUCCAGUUGGGACUUAGCACCCCCUUUUUGUAUCAUGUGCCUGACACAGAAGCUGUUGUUUAAACAAUGUUAAGACCUGUAACUUCCAGAAUAUGUUGUGUUUGGCACCUUCAAGACACCAUGAGGAAGACUGGCCACUAGUGGAAAUGGGGUCACAACUGCACUAACUGGAUGGAUGCCCUGAGGGGUCUCUCUCAGGAGGCAUGCCUAGUCUAAACAUGGACUGAAGUUCUGCAUUCAAGUGUAAUGUUUUAGAUUAGGAGUUGAUGUGUCUGUGGAGCCUAGAGAAGAAAGUGGCUAUUAGGAAGUGGGCUGUACCUGCAUGUGUGACCUGUGGUAUGCUGUCACCAGGUAGCCAGCACUACCCAUCCACCCUGCCUAAAUGCCCAAUUAUGAUGGCUCAAGCUGCUACCCCUAUUGCAGCUCUUUGGUGAAAUGCCCAUUUUUAGCUAAGGAGUGCACCAAGCUGCAGAGCGUACCAGAAGACCCCUAUAUCCUGGCUGCCCCCAUGCCUAACUGGUUCUCUCUGGCUCAGUUUUGUUGUGUUACUCUGCUGAUGAUUAGCCGUCAGACUGAGUAGUCUGAGAAUCACUGUUUCCAAACAUGUCUCCAUUGAAUUUCUCUGAGCACCAGUCUCUGCUGUCUUUUGCCUUCAGUGAGGCCUGUCCACUCUGCACCAGGGUGUGUGGCCUGACGCCAUGCUUUUAUUUAUUUUGUCAUGGAGGAGGGCUGCCUUGUGAAAAAUACUUACCCUGGCCUGUAGUUCACAACUUCUGUUCCAUG